UCAUCAGGAGCAUAUCGCAGUCCACUACGAGAAAGUCAAUGACACAGAUCUGGCGCGUUAUGUGGUGGACAUUGCCCUGCAUCCCCAGGAUACCGACAGUUGCUGUGAGAGAGAUGAAAUUACCGGAAGGGUAGGUACAAUUGCGUGUACUAGCAGUGCACGCAUGCUCGUAGGUAUCGGUAUAUCAUCUUGGUGUUUGUCGGAUGGAUACACUGUUGAGUUGAAAAGACACUGUGUAGCGGAAGGACAAGUAUGA